AUGGCCGACACCCCACCACAGCCCGUAGCAAGCUCCUCCAAGACGAGCCUCCUGCCGGCAAAGUCAUGGCAGCACUUUGUAGGAGGCGGGCUCGGCGCCAUGUGCGGAGCGAUCGUAACAAGUCCCUUUGACGUCGUGAAGACGCGACUGCAGUCGGACCUCUUCAGAGUCAAGCACACGUCUCUUGGCUUCGCCGGUGGUGGUGUCGCCGUCGCCCCACAUCGACCGAACCUGCUCUGGCACUUUGUCGAGACAGGGCACAUCAUCCGCGACAUCUACCGCGAAGAGUCCUUCCGCGCCCUCUUCCGCGGGCUCGGCCCCACGCUCGUCGGGGUCAUCCCCGCGCGCUCCAUCAACUUCUUCACGUACGGCAAUGGCAAGCACAUCAUCGCGAACCGCUUCAACGAUGGCGAGGAGAACUCGUGGGUGCACCUCAGUGCCGCUGCGUUCGCGGGCGUCGCGACUGGCACCGCGACGAACCCCAUCUGGGUCGUCAAGACGCGUCUGCAGCUCGAGCAGCAGGCGGGCAAGCUCCACGACAGCUCGCUCGCGAUGGUCAAGCGCAUGUUGCGGGAAGAGGGCGUGCGCGGGUUCUAUAAAGGCUUGAGCGCGAGCUUGCUCGGCGUGACAGAGGGCACGAUACAGUGGACGCUGUAUGAACGGCUGAAGCGCGUGACGGCGGACACGGAGGGGAAGGGUGGUGCGCUGGAGUGGUUGGGCAUGCUCGGGAGCGCGGGGACGGCGAAGUGCGUCGCUACGCUGAUCACAUAUCCGCACGAGGUGGUCCGGACACGACUACGGCAACCCCUCGUAGACGGCAAGAUGAAGUACACAGGGCUCGUUCAGACAUUGCGGCUCAUCAUCGCCGAGGAGGGUACUCGUUCGCUCUAUAGCGGGCUCAGCGCACACCUCAUGCGUGUCAUCCCCAACGCCGCCGUCAUGUACUCCAUCUACGAGGCCGUCCUCCGCUGGUCAUAA